AUGAGCUCAACUGAAGCAGAAACAACCUGCUCAGCAGGGUGGAGUGGACGCAGUAGACGCAUGGUGUCCAGUGCCUUUCUCUCAUGGGUAGCACCUCUUGUGAUACUUUCAUUGUCACAGGUGCGCAUAGUCCAUGGCGACUGCUGGCUGAUCGAAGGGGAGAAGGGCUUUGUGUGGUUAGCCAUCUGCAGCCAGAAUCAGCCACCCUACGAGGCAAUCCCACUGCAUAUAAACAACACCAUCGUGGACCUCAGACUCAACGAGAACAAGAUCCGGAGCAUCCAAUUCUCUGCCUUGAGUCGGUUCACCAACCUUACCUACCUUAACCUCACCAAGAACGACAUCUCCUACAUUGAAGAUGGGGCUUUCUCCUCACAGUUCAACCUUCAAGUACUCCAGAUCGGUUUCAACAAGCUAAGAAACUUAACUGAGGGGAUGCUACGAGGUCUUGGGCGACUGCAGUACCUUUACCUGCAAGCCAACCUGAUAGAGACUGUCACGCAUAAUGCCUUCUGGGAGUGUCCUCUCAUUGAGAACAUCGACCUUUCCAUGAAUCGUAUCCAGCAGCUCGAUGGUAGAACUUUCAGUGGUCUGGCCAAGCUGACGACAUGCGAGCUGUAUGCUAACCCUUUCAGUUGUUCUUGCGAGCUGCUAGGUUUCCUUUAUUGGCUUGCCGCGUUCCCCAACCGCACAAGUGAAAGGAUGGUAUGUGAUUCUCCUGCCGGUUUUUCCGGCUACAGCCUCCUCAGCCAGAAUCCCAGGAUGCCCACUUAUCGGAAUGCUUACCACGCUCUCACCACUGUGUGCACAGAUGAUAACGUCACCCCAUUCCUCUUAGGAACUUCAGAUGGAGGCACACCCACUCUCCCACCAGAUCUAAGUCCUUGUGGAUUAGAUGAUUGCCCUUCCGGAACACUCCCAGAGGAGCCCAUUACAAUCAGCCCUGCAUAUGUGGACCCAGAGAUCCGUCCAAAUAUGAAACUAAAAGAGGUGACACACACAAACGCCAUCAUCUCAGUAGAGAUCCCAUAUCCGUACCGCAAAAUGUAUAUCCUGGUGCAAUACAAUAACGGCUUCUUCACAGACAUUCAGAACCUGAAGAGUCAAAAGGAAGAGAUUGAGCUACAGAAUCUGAAACCCCACUCUGACUACACGUACUGUGUGGCAUCGAUACGGAACUCCUUACGAUUCAAUCACACUUGCCUAACUAUUUCAACAGGCCCCAAAACGGAGAGGGAUCACAUGCCGAGUGACUCAACUGCUACACACUAUAUCAUGACCAUCCUAGGCUGCCUGUUCGGGAUGGUUGUUGUGCUAGGAAUAGUGUACCACUGCCUGCGGAAACGCAAGAAGCAGGAUGAGCCUAAGAGUAAGAGGCUCGAGAAGAUGAAGAGAAAUCUCAUCGAGUUGAAAUAUGGCGCUGAACUGGAAGGGGGCACUAUCCCACAGCUCACACAGAAACAGGUUCUGGCUGCAGGGGAAACUGUACAGAGAGUUCCGUACUUACCGACCAGUAGCGAGGACCAGUACAGCAUGCAGGAGAUUACGGACACACCAAAAACCACAAAAGGGAAUUACAUGGAGGUGCGCACAUCAUCCGAGCAGCCUGAUCACAGGGAUUGCGGCGUCCCUGUAUCUGGAACCCAGGGAUCCGUGGCUGAGAUUUCAACCAUCGCCAAAGAAGUGGACAAAGUGAAUCAGAUCAUCAACAACUGCAUUGAUGCACUCAAAUCUGAAUCAACAUCCUUCCAGGCAGUGAAAUCAGGUGCUGUAUCUACAGCUGAGCCUCAACUAGUGCUCAUAUCCGAACACCCACCUGGAAAGUCCAAAGGUUUCUUGUCACCAGUCUAUAAGGGUGGGUAUCACCACCCCUUGCAGAGGCAUCAUAGUAUGGAUGCCCCACCAAAACGUCCCAGCACAUCAUCAAGUGGUUCUGUACGCAGCCCACGCUCCUUUCGGUCGGACGGAGCCUAUCGGUCAGAGUCCAAAUACGUAGAGAGCACAUCUCCAUUGGAUGAGUCGGGAAUCCUGACCGUCAUGCCAGCUGCGGCAAUCCUACGAGCCGAAGCUGAGAGGAUACGACAAUACAGCGAGCAUCGGCACUCGUACCCCGGACCACACCACAUUGGAGAUCCUCUGGAAGCACCCGAAAGCCGGAAGACAUCCAUUCUGGAACCUCUGACACGGUCAAGACCACGUGAGCUCUCGUACUCACAGCUCUCCCCACAGUAUCACAACCUGAGUGGCUACUCCAGCCCAGAGUACUCCUGCAGGCCGAGCCUCAGCCUAUGGGAGCGCUUCAAACUUCAUCGGAAACGCCAUAGAGACACCGAGGAGUACAUGGCAGCGGGUCAUGCCCUGCGGAGGAAAGUACAGUUCGCCAAAGAUGAGGACCUCCACGACAUCCUGGAUUACUGGAAGGGCGUUUCUGCACAACAGAAAUCAUGA